AUAUCGCGAAACCAGUUUGGCGGUUCCCUACCACAACAUGAUAUAUCUGAAAACCUUUGUACCCCACCCCACCUCAUCCGUUCCUAGCACUAAUAUCAUACAACGAUUCAAACAAGCUCUUUAUCAGUUUCUUAUUGGCCAAAUAGAAGGAUAACUGUGUUUGUGCGGUAAGAAUGUAAGGAAAAUAAUCUUUCAGUAUUCUUUUUACACAAGUGUUGCGGCUUGGCUGGUGUUAGAAUCUUAUGUUGUUUGAUUAUUACAUUUUGCUGCUUCUUGGAUUCAACAGAGAGAUUCUGACUACCUUCCUCCAAAUUUAUUAUUUUUUAUUACUUAUCAAUAGUAAUUUGAGAACAAAUAACGUGAUUGGAUAUUUAGUGUGUACCAGGCAACACAAGUGAGCCGAAAAUUGGAACUAUGGAACUGAAAAUUUCGUUUAUAAUUCUGACCUUUUUUGUUUUUAGUGGAAGUGCUCAGUUGAAUUUGUUUGAAGAUGACGUUUGCAAGGAGGUAGAUGAGGUGGAAUGGACGUGCAAGCGGCUGGAGAACUGUGCGUCGGCGCUGCGUGUGAUCAAACAGAAGCGGCCGGAAAUGUGCGGAUUCAGCGGUUCGUCAGUUGUGGUGUGCUGCGAGCCGAGCGACGCCGAGAAGCAGUCGACGUCGACCACAAUGGCGCCCACACGGCGCACCACACCGCGGACCACCACCACAACCGCAAGGCGGCCUCUGGUCAAGCCAACCAAACCCCCCACGCCACCGCCCAACGCAAGGAUCAGUCUACAGAAGUGCUACGAAUACGCCCGCUCAGUAUUCCAACCAAGGAAGAACAAGCCUUUGAUUUUGGAGCUCGAAGAGGAAAAGGAUGAAGAAAGCCUAGAGAACACAUGCGGCAUCACAGAAAAGGCGCUCAUCAUUGGUGGAAAGCCUUCUAGUCCUAGAGAGUUUCCACAUCAGGCCAAUCUUGGAUAUACUUUCUCUAAUACAAUCAAAUGGCUGUGCACCGGAUCUCUCAUCAGUGAAAAUUUUGUACUCAGUGCUGCUCAUUGCUCAAAAACAAGAUACGGCGCCCCAGCCUACGCUGUCCUGGGAGACCUGGACGUAGAGUCAGACAGCGACGACGCGCGUCCACAGCGUAUGCGCAUUGUAGACCACAUCGAGCACCCCCGCUACCGCGCCGAGGACCCCUACAACGACAUCACCCUCUAUCGCCUCGAGAAGCACGUCCUGUUCGAUGAAUAUACACGGCCUGCCUGUCUCAACAGUGUGCGCUACAUCACCGAGAAACAGGCUGUGGCUACCGGAUGGGGCUUUACUAGGACUGGUGGCCUGAGCAGUUCAGAACUGCUGAAAGUGCGACUGAACAUCAUCAACCAGACUCAGUGCUCGCAAUACUGGUCGAAAGGCGGGCAGCUGCGUCAGGGAAUCGACGACGAAAGGAUGAUUUGUGCCGGAGAUUUACAAGGAAAAAAAGAUACAUGCAAUGGAGAUUCCGGUGGACCACUACAAAACGCCCUCUCAACGCCUUACUGCAUGUACAACGUAAUAGGCGUGACGUCAUUUGGUCGUCGAGAAUGUGGGUCCGGCGCCCCAGGCGUCUAUACACGCGUGUCCUACUACUUGCCCUGGAUUGAGAGCAUCGUCUGGCCGCAAAACUCAACCACCAACUAAUAAAAUACGAGAAAAAAUCCCCUGAAAAAUAAAUGCUUGUAUCCUGUGAUAUUCAUAAUAGUCCAAAAUUCACCGGGAAUGUAUACAACUUUGAAAGAUUUUUUAUAAAAUUAUUUGUUAGUCACAUAAAAUUGAUAUUUUGGAAUCUUUAGCCUACUCAAUUGAGAAAAUUAGGUAAUUAUAAAGUCAAUUCCUGCACUUUAUUGAUUAUUUUAACUACAGAACUAUAGUUUAUUGAAGAUGUAGGCUACUAUAAUUUGAUGUUGAGAGAAUCAAUUAUUGAGAAAAUUGUUUAGAUAGUCGAUUCAUGCACUUGAUUGAUUAUUUUAACUACAGAACUAUAGUUUAUUGAAGAUGUACUAUAAUUAAUUGAUGUUCAAUUUCCGCAAGAAAGAUGCACAAGGGGUUCGGAAAAUUUCAGUAACAUAUUAUUUCUUUAUCAGAAUGGAUGUUUCUUAAUCAACUAUACUAUACAUGGAAUUAAGUCAUUCUCAUUAAGAGAAUUAGGAUAGAUGCAUUGUGUAUACAACUUGAUAUAUUUGUUCUAUGUAUCAAGUAUAGUGAUAUAUUCGUUUGUAGAAGCCGUUGAUGGUCAUGGAUAUAAAUUUUCAACAAAAUAGUUUUAUUUUCAGCAAUAGCAUUAUUUUAUAGAAUAUUCUGUACUAUUCUUUAUUCAACUUCAAUAAAUUAUUAUGUGAAUCAAUAAAGAUACAUCCAAAACUA